CAUUAUGCAGAAAUACCCAAAUGAUUGGUCUAAAAUCAAAAGGAAUGGUCAUAAAUAAUAACGCGAGAGUUUGUAAGUUUCCUGCCGACUGUAGACACAACUGUCAAAGGCAGCAGCGGAUCCGCGCAUGACCCAGCACCCAUACUGUUACUGUACACGGCCGCGGAGAUAAUAUCCGUAUCACACAAAAAAAUUACGGCAUAAUUCCGAGGUAAGGAACGGAAUCGAGAGGCUGCGCCGAAACUGCGCGACGCUGUGUCUUCCCCUCCGCUUUCCAUCGCGGGCACUUCUUCCAGAAGAUUACUGCACUAAACAUAUUCCUGUGCCUCCUUUAGCAACAGCGCAAGGAUUUUUUUUUUACUCCUCCUUCGUAUUAAAGUCGCCAUUUUGCUUCACUCCCUAAAGCUUCUUGUAUUUUCAUUUUUUUAUUUUUUUUAUUCGCGGCGUUUCUGCGUAUUUGUGCUUCUGAGUUGGCAUUUAAUCAGAGGUUAAAGGGAGAGCGCGUGGAUUACAUAUUAAUGAAGAGGGGCACCGACUGGAGUCUGCAAACAGAGUGAAAGUGUUCGGCUUGUGUGCAUCAGCUUUUUCUCUUCUUUUUUUUCAUCUUCCACAUCCUUCAUCAUCUACCUCCGCGGAUACAAGCAGCUGGGGCCGUGAUUGUGGCGACCGAUCGUGACGCUCGUCCUUCCGCGUCGGACGCGACCGACCCACGCGCCGCAGGUGUGUUUGCCAUGUAAAGUCGCGCGGCUUGACGCGAGAGUAAAGGCUACAGCCUGACCCCACGUGGGUGACCCCGCUCACCCGCUUGUGUUGGGUGGAUUGGGCUUUUCAGGAAUGGACACCUCAACUGGUGCCCGGGUGGCGAAGCCAUCCUCGGGCAUGUCCAAAGGGCGCACAGCCAAACAGGCCCACCCCACGGAGAUGGCCCGAAUGGGCAGCAUUGAAAACGACAAUCACGGUUCCCCCAGCAAUGAGAAGUCAGAGGGCAAAAAGAAAGGGCGCCCCCGUGUGGAGAUGCAGGAACUGCGCAAUAUACCCGCCCAUAUGAUGGUUCAGUGGAAAGAGGAGUUUAAAAAUCGUUCCAGGGUGAAGUGUCCAAGCUCAGGCUGCUGGUUGGAAUUCCCCAGUAUUUACGGACUUAAAUAUCAUUAUCAGCGAUGCCAAGGGGCAACCAUAGCAGAGAAGCUAAGUCACGGAUGUCCGUACUGUGAGGCUGUGUUUGCCACCAAGGUCCGUCUUCAGAAGCACAAGUUGUGGAACCACCCAGAAAGGGUCAACAUGGAGACCAAAUCUGGGGUCACCCUGGGGACCAAAUCCAUUCCUAAGUCUGAAUCCAAACAUCAAAAGAGUCCUAUGAAAGGAAAUGCCAAAAAAAGGCCCAUGGGAAACAGCCCUCCAUCGCCUGUGUUUUUCAAGGUGAAGAAGACCCAGGAGGUGUCUCAUCCCUCACAGAAUGGGGAGUACGCCCUCCAAAGGCUGGACAAGAGACAACAGCAGCAGCAGGGAACAUCUUCAGACGCUGAAGGCAGUGAGAGUGAAGACGGCAGUCUACCCCCACCCUUCCCUGAGGAAGACCCCGAGAGAAUGAAGCACAGGAGGAAGCAGAAAACUCCAAAGAAAUUCACUGGGGAGCAGCCAUCUAUUUCAGGAACAUUUGGCUUGAAAGGAAUGAAUAAGGUGGAGGAGAAGUUGAAAGCUGGCCGAAUGAAGAGGGCGGAGGGGCCUCUGUUUACUGAAGAGUCCCAGAGGAAGCAGUCAGUACCAGCUCCCACCAGAAAAGAUCCUGCUGCUAUCAGUUCAGUGCCCCCUGCUGAAGCCCGGUGGCAGAACACCAUCUCUGAGAGGGGGGAGGUGGUCUGCCCAACUUGCUCCAUUGUCACCCGCAAGACCGUCCAUGGCCUUAAGAAGCACAUGGAGAUCUGUCAGAAGCUGCGGGAUGCUCUCAAGUGUCAACAGUGUCAGAAGCAGUUCAGAUCCAAAGCUGGACUCAACUACCAUUGCAUGGCUGACCACACUAAGCCAUCGGUGAGUGAAAAUGAGGUUGGGGAGGAGCAGGAGGAGAGAGAUAGACUACGGCGCGUCCUCAAACAGAUGGGCCGAAUCAAUUGCACCAAUGAGGGCUGUUCAGCUCACUUCUCCAGUCUGAUGGGUUAUCAGUAUCAUCAGAAACGCUGUUGCGGAGAGUUUAUGGAUUCAGAGAAGCCUGUGUUCAUGUGUCAACACUGUGGUAAGACCUAUCGCUCCAAAGCUGGCCGUGACUACCACCUGCGCUCUGAGCACCCCGCCACCGGCCUGCCCACGCACUCGCUCACAGCUGAGGAGUGUAAACAUGAAAAGAGGAAAGAGAAGGAGGAAGUACAUGAGAAAAUGGAGAAGGAUGAGUCCAACCUGAAGAAAAACAGGGGCAAGGUAAAGGAGAGAACAGAGGAGCAGGUGGAGCAGGUGGAGGAAAGGAAGGAGGAAAAGCCAGAGGUGGAGGAGCUACUGGAUUUGGACAGGACACCCAGCGGCAGGGUGCGACGGCGCUCUGCUCAGGUGGCUGUGUUCCACCUGCAGGAGAUUGCAGAAGACGAACUGGCAAAAGACUGGGGCAACAAACGUCGCAUCAAAGAUGACCUCGUGCCAGACAUCAAAAGGCUCAACUACACACGACCAGGCCUCCCCAGCUUCAACCCCGAAACUGUGGAGAUCUGGAAGAACGAGGUGAAGGAGAAAGGAUUCAUCUGCUGCCCCAACUGUAAUUGUGAAGCUGUGUACUCAAGUGUAUCUGGACUCAAAGCCCACUUGGCAAACUGCAACAAGGGAGGGGGCGGUGUGGGGAAGUACACCUGUUUGCUCUGUCAGAAAGAGUUCAGCUCUGAGAGCGGUGUAAAGUACCAUAUCAGCAAGACACAUUCUCAGAACUGGUUUCGGGCAUCUGACCAUGAGGUGCCAAACAACAAGAGGAAAGAACUAGAGAGCAAUGGCUUACAGAAGGAUGUGAAAAACGGAAUGCCUGGGAAGAAGAGAGGUCGAAAGCCCAAAGAGCGCUCCCUGGUCUCCAUCCCAUCCUUCACCCCAGCUCCAAUUCCGUCCCAGACCAUAACUCCAGCCUCAGAAACCCAAAAACCUGCCCCCACCCCUAUUGCCAACACCCCAACUACACCCUCUGCCCCAGUGAACAGUGAGAAUCCAGCCCAGCCUAGAGACACACAGCCCCCUAUAAAGAAACGGGGUAAACCUAAGAAACCGCCAACCACUGAGUAACACGGCCUUUACUAUGUCAGCACCAAGACGGGAUGCUUUCAGAAGUACACCAGUAAACGAAUGAAAUGAAAAAAGAUUAAGCAGAACAAGGGAAUGACAAACAGCAGAAAACACAGAUGAUUUGCUCUUGUAUUGAUUUCACACUGAUCUUUGUGUUUUUUAAUCUGAGUAUAUACAUUGUGUGUUCUUGUGUAUACUGAUAUACUUGUAUAUUACUCCUAUUAUUUUAUUUUUUUCUUUCUAUUUUUAGAGUUGAUUUUAAUAAGCUCUCAAAAAGGGUCAAGAAUAGUUAAACCACCAGUUGAUAUAAAUGGUAUAUAUAUAUAAAAUAUAUAUAUAUACACACACAUACACAUACACAUACACAUAGGCCUUUAUGGAAGCUUUUUUUAGAGCAGAAGUUGCAAACAUUUCUAUGUAAUGUUUAGGUAGCUCAGUUAAUAUGUCCGGUGGUUUCAUUAUUAUUAUUAUUAUAAUUAUUAUUAUUUGUUAUUAUUUUUUUAAGAGAAUCAAACUCAUUCAGUUAGCAUGGUGAGCUAAUUUACUGCUAAUGUUUUUAUCAUGGAUAUACUCUGCUGUGUAUAUAUAAUAUCUAUAUAUGAAUAUAUUCAAAGCAAUUCAUUUUCGUCCAUCGUUUUCAAAUGAGGUGUGUAAAAAAAAAGCUGGUCAUCUUAAGUGGUCAUCAUUUAAUUUGCUUUUCCUCGGAUGUAUUUGUGUUUGUUUUGUCAUCGACAGCUGAACAAAAGGUUGGAAUUAGGUUGAUGGCUGUUGUAACACUGUGCUACUGUGCAAUAGUGUUGCUUUCCUGGUUUAUCGUCUUGUCUCUUGCUCAGAGUUGUAAGGGGUCUGUGUACUGGGCCCGUAGCCUUGUGUAACACCUUUUCCCACAUCCCUUUGGGCUGUUUGCAGUAGUUGUAGUUUGCCUCAGUUGGUCAGAGGUCAUUGUUAAAACCUUAAACUGCUUGGAACGUUGGUAGUGCUAUGUGCUUUCAUUUUCUCUGUUUAUAAAUGUUUUGUACAGUGGGAAAAAAUGGAUUGUGGUGCUUAAAGAAAGAAUAUACAGUGCAGACAUUUAGAGAAACUCAAAUAGCAAAAUGCAAAGUUUGUGGCAGACAUGUGCUGUUAUAAUGAACAGAAAUGUGUUGGCAGGAAAUAGAACUCUGAAGCACAGUAAUGCCAUUUGACAUCUGUGAUGCUAGCUUAAGCUAAAUUUAGUACUGCACUAUAGGAAUAUUCAAACUGGCUCAGAAAUGAAAACGUCAUGAAUAGAGAAUCCUCUGAAAUUAAUUUGGGCAAAUCUCAUGAAACCUGUCAAGAACAUGCCCGGGUCAUAUUUCAUCCCAAAAAUCAAAAAAAAAAAAAAAA